CCCCGCUUCCUGUUAUAAUAACCGUGAGAGAAAAAGUAGGUACUGACAGAAACAACUUUUCGUUAUUUUAUUAAAAAUGGUCGAGUGGGCUCCCUUGAAAAUUCCGAUCAAGAGACGGAUCCAGACUCUUGUGGUGAUGAUUCAAGUGUAUAUGUUUCUAUUUGGUCAUAUAUUUGGGACUGUUCUACUUGUGGUUCUUCUAUUUAUCCCCUACACUACUUUUGUUGCUGUUGUGUACAUUGGUUGGGCUUUCAUCUUAAACAUUCAGACCCCAAGUCGCGGAGGACGCACAAUACAAGUUGCUCGAAAGUGGAAAAUGUGGAAAUAUUUUUGUGAAUACUUUCCUAUCAGUUUGGUGAAGACUGCAGAUCUUGACCCUGAAGGAAACUAUAUAUUUGGCUAUCACCCUCAUGGAAUUAUUGGUCUUGGUGCACUUGGUAAUUUCUGCGGAGAAGCAACAGGCUUUUCAGAAAAUUUUCCAGGGAUCAAUCCACAUCUAUUGACACUUUCGAUAAACUUUAGGUUCCCUUUUAGUAGAGACUAUUGCAUGGCCUUUGGUGUUUGUUCAGUGGAUAAAGACAGUAUAGAAUACAUACUGCAAAAGAUGGGCCCAGGUCAUUCAGUCGCCAUUGUAAUAGGGGGUGCAGCGGAAUCGUUAGAAGCAAGGCCGGACAAUUUUAAGCUAACGCUGAAAGACAGAAAAGGUUUCAUUAAGCUGGCUUUACGUUCAGGAGCCUCUCUAGUACCUGUAUUUUCCUUUGGAGAAAACAACCUCUAUCAUCAAGUGAGUAACCCCCCUGGAUCUGCAUUGCGUCAAUGGCAAACUAAGAUGAAAGAUCUGAUGGGUUUUGCACCUCCACUCUUCCAUGGUCGAGGAGUAUUUCAGUACACUUAUGGAUUACUGCCUCACAGGCAACCCAUUUACACUGUCUUUGGUGCACCAAUCAAAGUAAAAAAAACUCAAAAUCCUUUACCAGAAGAGGUAGAUGCAAUUCACCAACAGUACAUAACAGCAUUAGAGGAGCUCUUUGACAAACACAAGAAAAACUAUGGCAUCUGUGAAGACAAACAUUUGGAAAUCUGCUGAGUCAAAGAUUUUAAUCAUGGUUAAUGACUAUGUUUUGUGGGCUUUUAAAUUUCAAGUUCUGUGGGUGUUGAAGAAGUGUAAACAAACAUUAAAAUACAUAAAUCAUUGUAAAUUCUUAUUAUUUAUGGACCUUCACCUUGUCUUGGUCCAUUGGAAAAAGAACUCUUCCAAUAUACAGCUAUCUUGAAUGAACAAGCCAGUGUCAAUCAUGCUUGGAUAUUCUUUUAUCUAUUUGUUUGAAUAUCAUUUUAGAACAGUCAUUUUGCUUAGGUAUUUUGAAUCCAUUGCUACAUCACUAAUGGUUUUAAAUUUUGGAAAGCAGGCUAUUUAAACGUCCUGACAUGAUGAUUUUAAUGUAAAAUGAUUUGUCAUGUACUCUGUAGAUGUAAGACAUUGAGACCCCCCUCUUUUACAGGACAAGAAAUUUCUUCAUCAACAAAGCUCGUGUAGUGAAGCGAGUCAAACUUGUUUGUAUUAUUCAGGACUUUUUUAAAAUUCUUUUAAGAUGAAUAGUUGCUGUGUUGCUGAACAUGCCUUGGAAUUCCUCACGAGCAAUGAACGUGGCUAAGUGACCGAAAUAUGUUGUAUAACUUUACAACACUGGUAUCGUGACACUUACUAUAAAACAUUUUGAUUUUAUUUUCUUACCUUACAAACAGUAGGCACUCUGUGGGAAAACCAGGAUUAUUUAAUAGUUAAUUUUAUUGCUAAUAGUUAUUGUAAAAAAAAGGAGAUGAUGUCUAUAGUUCUGAAAAUGUUAUAUUGAGUUGUCAAAAAAAGCGUCAUGCAAUCCUAAUUCACCACUUCACUUGUAUGUGUAAAUGGAGGCAGCCUUGAGACUGAUACAGAAGUGCAUUGAUCACCGAGGAAUAGAGAACAAUGAAAAUCACCCAAAAAUGUUUUAAGGGAUUUUUAUUGUGGAAUUGUCAAUGAGGGCGAAGCCCGAAUCAACCCGGCAUCACGCGCAGACAUGAAGGGCGAAUAAUCUAAUUGUUUUAGCAUAAAUCUAGUCUUCGUUCAAGUAUUAGCAACAACACCAGCUUUAGUUUUCAUUGUAUUUUGUUCCAACCACAAUCUUUGGCUACUCACCAGGAUCCUAGCACGAAAUAUAGGGCUAUCAGUGUAGCAAAUUAAAUUGCAGCCUUUGCGAUGGAACAAUUGUUUAAUUCGUCCACGAAAACUAAGAAAAGAACUUAAUUUGCCGCUAUCCAGCCAUCUUGACCUCUCCAUGCUCCCUAGCUGUACUCUCCAUAACAUAGAAACCUUUAUUGGCAUUUCUUUUUACUAUUUUGUAAAAUAUUGUGAUGGGUUUGUCCUCUCGGCAGUUUGUGGAGAGUGAUGAUCUCGUCAUUGUUUUCUCCAUUUCAAACUGGACCUCAAAGGGUCCAAGAUCCCAGUUCAUUCCCAGUUUAUUCUCAAUCUUACGCUCGACGGGGUGAGAACCUAAAAUUAUCGUGUAUGCUUUUCGCCAUCCCGGUCUGAUGGACCAACUGCGGGUAACUUAAAUCUCGUGUCCUGAUGUUCGCUUGCCAGCCUUGUCAAGGACAGAACCUGGGCUUGACGUUAAGUUUGUUUUUCUACUAUUGUUUGUCUUUUUCGCUCGUAAGUCAUCUUCUCGACUUGCAAGUAAAAUUUGCAAGCGAAUCGAAAGUAAUGAGGAAAGGAACAAAUUAGAACAGGCUAAAAAUUAAAAGUGGGUAGAAAAUAUUUUCAAAGGGUACUCAUUUUAUCUAGAUAGUUUAGCCAGUAAUCUGACGCACUUAAGAUAGUCUCUAAGUUAUGUAGAGUUUCAAUCUUUGUCUUUUUCUUCACAUAACUACAGUUUAUGGGGUCUUAAAUCUUGGAGGUUGUUUCAUGGUUCCAUGGGCGACUGUACCCCUGAU